GAAUGUUUGAAAUGCAGACGCUUUUUACUGAUUUGUUAUUUGGAAACAAAGUAAUUAGUACAUUUAAUUUAGAUUUGAAAGCCAAAUAAUGUCAAUGUGUUACUAUUGUUAGAGUGGCGAAGCACCAUUUUCGAUUCUUAAAAACAACCUGAUAAAAAAACGUAUUGAAGUUCUUGUGGCGGUGCGAAGUCUCGCGACCCUGCUGAACUGGCGAAACCACUUGAUGGUCAUUCAUUCAGAUAGCGCACUUCACAAAGAUUGUUCAUGCGAAAUGGAUAACCUAGAUCGGUUUUUGGAGGAACAUACAGCCAAAGUGGCUAAAGAGAGGGCAUGUUUGGAAGAGGAGGAACCACCUUACAUGACAAUCAAGACAAAGUCAGACAAUGUAAACUCUGUAAAGGAGAACGCUGCUCCAUUUGACUGGGCAUCAACUCAAAGAGGACAUCCAAACCCUGGCAGAGAGGAGAGCUCAGGAUUAAGUUUGCAGUUGGGAGCAGAAUAUGAGCAGAAGAAGCAAAAACUCAAGCAAGAGCUUCGUUUGGACUACAGACGAUAUAUGGCUCAGAAAAAGGAUCUGCAUGCUGGUGAACCCGGCCCACAGGCUCAAGGCCUCUCCUUACCCAUCGGUGAGAGGAGAUUUGCCAAGGACAAAUUAAGAGAUGAAAGAAACAAGGAAUACAACCUCUUCCUUAAUGGACAGUCAGGGCAAAUAAGGAGACUACUUUCAAAUGCCUCUCAGGUGCAGGCCCCAGAGACUGUGAGUCCAACUGUAUUUUAUUCUCCCCCAGCCAUACCAGAGGCCCAGCAUAACACCCAGCUUAACCAUGGAGGCCAGCCUUGGGAGCGACUCCCAUCCAGGAGGAACGCUGCCACCCUAACCGACAGGGGGACAGGGACAGAGGGUCAGGCCCCACGAGGGCGGAGGCACUGGGAGCACCACAGACCAGAGGAGUCCCUGGAGCGCUGGGAGAGAAGGAGGCCCAGGAGGAGAAGCAGGCACAGGGAUGAGUACAACUCUGAGGAGGAGGAAGAAGAGGAGUUUGAGUUCUUGGAGAGGGGGAGAUCCAGGCGGAGCCGAGAGCCAGAGUACACUGGGAGAAGAGAGAGGAGAAUAGUUCAUCACAGCCCUGACAGAGUUCUGCGGGAGAGGAGGGAGGUGGAGCCGCCUGUUGUCCAUGAAGAGAACUUCAGAGACCGGAUCAGAAAGUCCCAGUCGGUGACACCAAAACCCAAUGCUGUGAUGCCAGCGGCCAUGAAGACCGCCGAGAGAUCUAGGUCUGCAGCCCACAAGGACAAGGCCCAGUUUUUCACUGGACUCAUGAUCGGGGAAACAGAGGGGGAUGUGGCCACACAGAGGCGGAAGGACCGCUACAGACAGGAGCUGCUGGAACAGAUGGCUGAGGGGCAGAGGAACAAAAAGAAGGAGAAGGAUCUUGAGCUGAGGGUUGCAGCCACUGGGGCGAUUGACCCAGAGAAACAGCCUGACCGCAUUAUGCAGUUUGGGGCGGUGAACCGCGAAUAUGAGGGCCGGAGACGUGACAUCCCCUAUAGACCCGGAGGAGGCCUGGACGCCCUGGGGACCAACUCUAGCCCUAGGCCCUGCCAGGAGAUGCCCGAGGCGGGCACAGAGGAGAGAGGUCCCCCUGGUAGGCCCCGUGUUGCCUUCCCCUCCCCUCCAAUGGACUACACUAACAUCCUGGGCCAACUAACAGGGGCAGGGGGGCCGCGGUUAGAGAUGGGGGCUGGAGCGAGAUUAGGGACAGGCAUGGGGGUGCCUGGGGGUGCCCCUCUCAAUGAAGACUUCCACAGGAGCCUCUCUAGUACCCUGGGAGAGAUAGUUGCCCCAAGAAUUGCUAGCUUACCUCCUCCAUUGCCGCCCACUCUAACUGAUGCCUACAGGACUCCGUAUGAUGAGGCCUAUUACUACUAUGGAGCAAGGAAUCCCCUGGACAAAAAUCUGCUCUACUAUGGACCUCAAGGAGGUAGAGGGCAGCCCAUGGUCUUCCCAAAUUUGCCUCCAGGAAUGAUGCCUCCACCUGGACAUCAAGGGGCCCGAGGAGCCUAUCCGCAUGCUGUGGCCCUCCCUGGAGCUGGGCGGGGUGUUGGGGCGAUAGGAGAGAGGCCCAAGCAGUCCAAGGAGAGUGUGUUGAACUACAAGGAAGCACUGAGACAACAGGAAGAGAUCAGGCGAGAGUGGAGUCAGCACUUUUCCAAGAUCCAGGAAGGAGAGGAGCGAAAAAGACAGGAGAGGGAGAAAAGGGAUUGCUAUGAUGCCAAGAUCGAGGCUGAGAUGAAGGCCUAUGAUCCCUGGGGGAAGGGGGGAGGAGGGGCCCCUCUCAAAGACGACAGGGGAAAUCUCAUCAGUGAUCUGAACAGAAUGCACAGGAUCAACAAGGAGGUGUACGUAAACCCAGAGUCCAGGGACAGGAGAUGGCCGCCGGGCUCUGUAGGCAGGAUUGGAGGUGGAGGGGGACUUACCCCCAGGGGAAUAUCAGGUUUCUCCUUUGCCCAGACGUCCCAGUUUGCCCGUAGCAACGUGUUCAGUGAUCAGCCUACUCCACAGCAACUCCAGGAUCAGGACACAUACAAAGACUACCUGAAGCAGCAGAUCGAGGAGAAAAGGAGGAAGGAAGCGAAGGAGAGGGACCGUGAAAGGAUGGAGGAGGAGAGGGAGGAGAAGAGGCUGGCAGAGCAGAGGGUUCUUAUCCAGCAGGAGUUUGAGGAGGAGCAGCAGAGGAGAAAACGGAAGGAGGUCGAGCAAAGUGCCAAGAAUGAAGAGCUGAUCCGCCAGGCUGAGGAGCGCCGUAAGGAGGCGGACAGGAAGAGCAGGGAGGAGGAAGAGCGUGAGAGCAAGACCCUGAGACAGCAGGUUGAGAGGGAAAGACAUGCGCGAAAGGAAGAGAGUCAGAGGGAUCCGUCACCACCUAUCCCAGCCCUGCAGAAGAGACUGGGGAAGCAGCACCUCACUCCCAGACCUCCCUCUGCUGUCAGCCAGCUCUCCUCUAGGGCCCUGUCUGAGCGUUCUAUGUCAGCACCACACUCUCCACCUGUACCUGCCAGGAGAAACCAGCUCCGAGCCACAGAGGACCAGCAGCAGGGUGUGAUCAGUGAGUUGUCCACACUGCGGAGGCAGCUGCGGAGCGAACAGAGACGGCUGGAGGGGCAGCUGCUGCAGAGUGACAGAGAGGAGACAGACACACCCAUCUCCACCAGGCGCAGAGGGCGCCCCCAUGGGGACGUGUUUGAGAUGGCACUCAUCAGAGCCCAGGGGUCGUCCAGAAGACCCAACUCUGGAACGGCUGCUCCAGAUGCCCAUGUCAACAUGCAGAACAUCAGGGAGUUCAACCAGCUCAAAUACAGAGACAGCGCAUCUCGUGAGGAGGUGCAUCAUGUGUACCCUGACCCCCCCAGUGAUGAACACAGUCUGGACAUCCAGCAGCAGGCUCUGCUCAGGGAGCAACAACGCAGGAUCAGGAACAUGAGAAGAGGAGAAGAGUCAGACUUCUUUGAGCCGUAUGUGGAGCGACAGCCUCGUUAUCAUCCUAGGGAGAAGCCAGGCCAAGACCACCAGAGAGUCUCUUUAUUGGAGUCAGAGAGCGCUUUUAUUGAUUACCCCAAUGGUGACGCAGGGUCCCCAUCCCCAACGCAAGCCCUUAACCUGAGGUCCAGACAGCCCUUAGCCCAGGAGAGGGAGAGCAGGAGGCCCGCCAGGAGAAGAGACUUUGAGGAUAGGGAUGAUGAGGGCCAACCGGAUGCCCAGUCUCUAUUCUCUGUGGCCAGCCUGAACAUUGAGGGGGUUAAGGACCGCAACCAGAGACGCAUCCGCAGACUGGAUGACUUCAACGACCACAACUGGAGAUCAGGAGGGCUGUCAGCCGAUGAAGGAGACCACCUCUCGCUGCGGUCCACCCCAUACCACCCGGACAGGUGUGUGUCUGUGGAGACGGUUGCCACAGAGCCCUGGCUGCGGCCUGGCACAUCGGACCCACUGAAGAGGUUAGGGACUGGUCAGAACCGGAGAGAGAGGCCGGUUACUAGAGACAUCCUGGACGGGGACGGGCCCUCCACCUACCAUGGAUGACCUGUGACCUUUUUAGGUCUGUUGACCUCAUCUACACAUAGGAUCCCUUUCUAGUGCACUACUUCUGACUAAAGUCUGUGCCCUUGAUUUCAAAGCCAAAGAGGUGUAUUUUCUAUAUGCAGUCGAUCCCUAUUUCUCAUUUUACAAAAUGAACAUGGGCUAUAUCUGUCUCGGGAUCAGAUGAGUGCAAAAAAACAUCCAUGUUUGUGCUUUUUAUUCUGAAAAAACUAUGAAUGUAGCUUAUGUAUGUGUCCAUUUUGAAGAUAUAAAGCCCGCAGAGGGGACGUCCUAAUGGAGAUGAGAGCGGUAGUAGCAGAGAUAUUUCAGUCUCUGUAUACAACGGCUUUAGCCUGGGUACCAGUCUCUAGCGAACAUUCCACUCCUUGUCAUUGCCAAAGAGACUGGCCUUUUGGGCAAUCUCAACGUUCAAUAUGCAGCUGGAUUUACAGCGCAGUUGCUGAUUGGUAGUUGGAAACAACAUUCAUAUUUUCCAUGGCAACGUUCUGGAACAUGAGGUGCGUGCAAAUUUGACGCCAUAUAGAAUUAAAAUUGGUGGAUUAAUAGCCCAGCCUGUGGAUUAAUUUCAAAUUUACACAUCUGUCUUCACUGUUCCCUUCUUGUGCAAUUCAUGCAUCUCAGCUGGCUUAUCCACUGGGCCCUUUUCCAUCCUCUGUAUUCCUUUUAUAGCUCUUGAACCAGUAGCCUAGCCCAACGUCCCAGCAGUAGCAAUAUACAAUAGUUUGGUCACUUAUUUUGAGAAAUAGAAAAUAUAUUUUUGGGUGUUUCUCAAAAUAAUAUAUAAAUAUUUGAGGAAAGAAGUGCCUUGCUGGAUAUGAAAUAUGCUACAGCAUUCACAAUGAAGUGCUGGGGAACUUUGAAUGGCGAGAGCUUCUCUGGUGUGACGCGAUCACAUUGGCUGGUGGUAAACAUGAAAUAAACGUAAAUCCUCUGUUCUCCCAGUGCCAAAUGUAUGUUUACAAUGACAUAUAUUACGUCAGAAAGCCCAAUGUUUCCAAUCGCAUGUAUGAAUGAAGUUUUCCAAUCAGUCUAAUUUGCAUUAAACAUUGUGACUGGAGGAUAGAUGUGAGGGUUAGAAAUUCAGGAUCAAAUCAUCUGAUCUCUUCGAGCUCAUUAGUGAUGAUAUAAUGUUCAUAUUUGAAGAUUGCCGAAUGGCCAGUCUCUUUGGCAAGGAGUGGAAUGAUAGCUAAAGAGACUGGUACUCCAGCUACAAUAGCUCCGUGUAGUGAGGAGGAGCAGGGCAGCGUCAGUGAGUGUCUGCUCUGCUCAGAGUGAAGCCAGUAGACAGUGAAGAAUUUCAGCACUGGGUCCUGAGCUGCACCACUCAGAGAUACUGCAGAAGGGCUACGGUGUGGAUGAUGGCUAGGCUCUGGUCUGGUCUGCUAAUCUUUUGAGAUACUGCAGAAGGGCUACGGUGUGGAUGAGGGCUAGGCUCUGGUCUGCUAAUCUUUUGAAUGUACUUUGGCAAAAUUAAUGUAUAUUUAAAACGUGAAAUGUGAAUCUGAUGUUGAAAUGUUUGUAUGUAUCAAGUAAAGAUGUGAUAAUAUAUAUAUAUAUAUAUAUAUAGAGAGAGAGAGAAAUAUUCAGGUUUUAAAAAAUAAAUUAUUUUAAUAAUCUUGCCUUUCUCCAGGCUGGUCCUUGAAGCUUAGUCCGUUACUUGUGAGGCAGACUCAUGGGUCUUUUGCGUCCCUUUGAUAUUUUAAUAAGAAAUUGUGAACCAAUAUUGAAUUUUAAAAGCCUGUUAUAUUAAAUGAAGUGCCCUUUUUUAAUAUAGACCACAUGGACGGUUGAAUAAUUCUGUAAUAAAUUCAGCAUAUGGACAUGUCCCUCUGUCAACCCCAUUUCACUUCUAGGAAGAUUUCAGUCCACUUAAUCCCAAGUUUUCACCAUCAUACAUCUGUCCCUCAUUUUAAGGUCAACCCUGUUAUGUGAACUGAACUCUAGUUUUAAUAUGGUGAAACUAUUCCUUAACUAUUGUUUUCAAAAGUGACAUUGAACAUCUAGUCAAAUCAUUUUCUGGUGUUUUGUGUUGGAAAACUGAGUGUGUCGCGCAUGACGUCAAACCUGUUACCCAGCAAGUUCCUUUUUUUCCCUUCUUGCAUUCAAUUGCCACUCCCUAUUGCACACAAGCUUCCAUUCCCCUGGUCCCGAAGGGAUUUAUGGCUGAUUUAAGAGAUUUGACAAUUUAAAACAAUACAACCACACGCAUUUAAAGUCAUCAAGGAUGAGUUUGAAGAUUAAAUCAUCAACCCUGU